GUUUAUUUCCAUUUUUACGAGCCAAGAGUCUCUCUCUUUCUAUCUUCACUUUGUUUCCUCUGCUUCAUUCAUUUCCAAAUCCUCCUCCAUCAUUCUCUCUGAUUUCUUCUGCCAAACAGAAAAUGUCAACCGAUUCAGAAUCAACCACCAUGCUCGCUCGCGGCCGUUUGGCCAUGCUCACAGCUCACUUGCUCCCUUCCAGCUACACCGAAACCACCACCGAUCACGUCCUCCCUCACCGCCUCUCCGCUCAGUCACCGCCGUCAACCACCCUCAACGGCACCUUAACCAUCGUCGACGAGAGAACCGGCAAGAAGUACCAGGUCGAGGUCUCCCAAGAUGGCACUGUCAGAGCUAGUGACUUCAAGAAGAUAGCAACCGGGAAGAAUGACAAGGGACUCAAGCUUUAUGAUCCUGGCUAUUUAAACACAGCUCCGGUUCGAUCAACUAUUAGUUACAUUGAUGGUGAUGAGGGGAUUCUUAGAUAUAGAGGCUACCCAAUUGAGGAGUUGGCAGAGAAAAGCACUUUUGUGGAAGUGUCCUAUCUCAUAAUGUAUGGGAGUUUGCCUUCUGAAAGCCAGUUAGCGGAAUGGAAUUUCGCUAUAUCUCAGCAUUCAGCUGUUCCACAAGGAGUUUUGGAUAUCAUACAAUCAAUGCCUCAUGAUGCACAUCCUAUGGGUGUGCUUGUUAAUGCAUUAAGUGCCCUCUCUGUUUUUCAUCCUGACGCAAAUCCUGCUCUCAGAGGUCUUGAUAUUUAUAACUCAAAGGAAGUCAGAGACAAACAAAUAGCACGGGUUAUUGGAAAGAUUACAACAAUUGCUGCUGCAGUUUAUCUUAGAAUGGCAGGAAGGCCGCCUGUGCUUCCAUCCAACAACCUUUCUUACACAGAGAACUUCCUAUACAUGCUAGAUUCUUUAGGCAAUCGGUCAUAUAAACCCAAUCCUCGGCUAACUCGUGCUCUGGACAUUAUCUUCAUCCUGCAUGCUGAACAUGAAAUGAACUGCUCUACGUCUGCUGUCCGGCACCUUGCAUCAAGUGGCGUUGAUGUAUACACUGCUAUUGCUGGGGCUGUUGGAGCUCUGUAUGGGCCUCUUCACGGUGGAGCUAAUGAGGCUGUCCUCAAAAUGCUGAGUGAAAUUGGGACUGUUGAGAACAUUCCAGAAUUCAUUGAAGGUGUCAAAGCCAGGAAACAAAAGCUCUCUGGUUUUGGACACCGAGUGUAUAAAAACUAUGAUCCCAGAGCAAAGGUCCUAAGAAAACUGACUGAGGAAGUGUUUUCCAUUGUUGGCCGGGAUCCUCUUAUCGAGAUUGCAGUUGCCUUGGAGAAGAUCGCUCUAUCUGAUGAAUAUUUCAUCAAGAGGAAGCUUUAUCCAAAUGUUGACUUCUACUCUGGAUUAAUUUAUAGGGCCAUGGGGUUUCCUCCUGAGUAUUUCACAGUUUUAUUUGCUAUCCCUCGAAUGGCGGGGUACUUGGCACAUUGGAAAGAGUCCUUGGAUGAUCCUGAUACAAAGAUUAUGAGGCCUCAACAGGUUUAUGUUGGAGAAUGGUUGCGUCAUUAUACACCAAUCAAUAAAAGGACCGUAUCAAGUGAUGCUGAUAAGCUUGGUCAGGUGACUACAUCAAAUGCCUCAAAGCGACGACUCGCUGGAUCUGGGAUGUAGACUCAAUUUGGAUUUGCAAGUUACAUGACCAAAAGGAUGAUGCCGGAGAUUAUGCCUAUGCUUAAAUAAUGCCGCUGGCUUCCCAUCCAUCACCUACUAGAAGAAUGAUGCUGGUGGGGUUUGUUGUUCCAGCAUUUACAUGCAAGUUAUAAAUCCCAUUAGUUCUACUUAUGAAUUCUGUUUUGUUAAAAUUAUUUAGGGGAUAGUUAAUAUAUAAGCACACCUGGAGAUCUCAUGGGUAGUAAUCUGGUGCAUGUUUGUUAAAGCAGUAGAACGAAUUUUGUGUACUAGUGGGAACAUGUUUCCUUUGACCCCCAUAAUUGGGUGCAUGAGAUGAAUAAAAUCUGUCGACAAUUUUUUUUUCAA